UUUUGACACUCACCUUCAGUUGAUGUUACUUCCUGUGGCAUUAUAUCUAGCUAGAGGAAGAAGUUCAUUACUUUAGUUGAGUCAUACCAUCCCAAGGUGAAGAGGUGCUCAUCCUUGUAGGUCGUUCUUGCCCUUGGAAAGGCCUUGCUUUUUUACAAAUCUCAAGGAAGAAUUCUGUGUAUCUGAAGAUUGGAGUAAACCUUUAAAACUCACUUCUGCCUCAGAAAUUCAUUCCAUUGUUAGCUGUCUGUCUAGUCUAGUAAAUGGGUGCCUGAUAAGGACAGAACAGUAAAAAAAACAUCCAGCACAGCAGGCAGAACUAUUCAAGGAGAGUAAUCUUCAAUUGUCAUCCUACUUCUCAUCAUCGUUACCACUGCUCACACCUGGCUCGCAGCAUAUCUGAACGAUGGAUGGGAAGUCAGCAGUUGAAGAUGCAACACCCCACUCUACUGUGGAAACCAGGUCAGUUGCUCAUGCAUCUUCCAGUAAAUCUUCGUCAAGCAAAUUAUCAGCUAGCAGAGCCAUAGCUGCAGCUUAUGCUAAAGUGGAGGCAGCCCGCGCAAGAGCUGAAUUUGCUAAGAAGGAGUCAGGUAUUCUGAUUGAGAAAGCACAAAUUGAAGCUAGAUUAAACACACUCAGACAUGAAAGGGAGGUGGUAGCAGCGUUAGCAGAAGCUAGUGCACUUGAAGCAGCAGAGCAGUCUGAAGUGGUUGAUGAUAAAUCACUCCUGCAAGAAGUGGAAGAGAGAACACAUCAGUAUGUUCAGCUACAGUUAACAGAAGAUGUUAAGCCACACACACAACCCAUAUCACCAAUAAUUCAUGUGCUAAAAUCUGAGUCUCCCCCAAGACAGCGCCUUACUGAGUUCACAGUUGAAGCUCAUUCUUGUAAAAUGACCGAACUUUCUAGACCAACAUCGCAACCCACCAAGACUAUACCUCAUCACACAUCUCCAAGGCAAGCUACAGCUGGUGCAGGAUGGCUCUCAUCUCCCCAAGGCAUUUCACAACAGCCAGUAGAUGGUAGUCCAGACAUUAGUGAUGUAGGUAGAUACUUGGCACACAGAGAUCUGAUUACCUCUGGCCUGUCACAGUUUGAUGAUUCUCCUGAGAACUAUUGGGCGUGGAAGUCAUCAUUUACCAACGCCAUCGUUGGAUUACACCUCAGCGCCAGUGAAGAGCUGGACCUCCUAAUUAAGUGGUUAGGGAGAGAGUCAGCACAGCAUGUCAGGAGAAUAAGAGCUGUCCAUGUAGGUAACCCCUCUACCGGAUUGACCAAGGCUUGGGAACGCCUGGAAGAAUGUUUUGGUUCUCCAGAGAUUAUAGAGAAGUCACUCUUCGAAAGGCUCAUUAACUUCCCAAAGGUCACCAUCAAGGAUCCAGUGAAGCUGAUUGACCUCCUUCAUGAGUUAGAAGCCGCUAAGCUAGAAGGCUAUCUCCCUGGCCUUAGCUACUUGGAAACUGUACGUGGUGUCGCUCCUAUAGUGGAGAAAUUACCAUACAACCUCCAAGAGGGGUGGCUUAAACAGGGCUUCAAGUACAAAGCCACUCAUGGUGUAACUGUUCCUCCGUUCUCCUUCUUUUGUGAGUUCGUCUGCAAUGAAGCACGGGCACGCAACGAUCCAGGUUUCAGGCUGCAAACUGGUAACACAGAGUACCUAAAGCACGGCGCCGCUGCUAAGAAACCGCAGAAGAGUCUAGUGUUUGCCCACAAGACAGAUAUAUCACAGGCAAAGGACAGGAAGGAGGUUUCAGGCCACAAAGCUGGUGAUGUUGAGAAGCAAUGUCCCCUUCACAAGAAGCCGCAUCCUCUUAAGCACUGCAGAGGGUUUUGCAGUAAACCCUUAGAGGAACGUAAAGCCCUUUUGAAGGACAUCGGUGUCUGUUUUAGGCACAUGGCCAAAGAGUGCACUGCAGUCAUUAGGUGUAGGGAGUGUGAGAGUGAGAAUCACGUCUCAGCUCUGCAUCCUGGACCGCCACCAUCACCAUCUGGGCAUGGCGGGGAGAGCACAGAAGACACACCACCACCAACUGUCGAGUCAAGCUGCACUGAGGUGUGUGGAGAGUGCCAAAGCCCACGGUCCUGCUCCAAGAUCUGCUUAUUGAAGGUCUAUCCUGAAGCACACCCAGAGAGAGUGACAAGAGCUUAUACGGUUCUAGACGACCAAAGUAACCGGUCUCUUGCAAGACCCGACUUCUUUGACAUGUACAACAUCAAGGGAUCAGACUUAACCUUCACACUGCGUACGUGCGCUGGGACAACAGAGAUGAUGGGUAGAGAAGCCACAGGGUUCAUUGUGCUGUCACUAGAUGGAACUACAACGCUCACCUUGCCCACGCUAAUUGAAUGCAGCAACAUUCCAAGAGACCGUGCUGAGAUCCCCACUCCUGAAGCGGCUUUAUACCACCCUCCCCUCUAACCCAUAGCUCACU